UCUUCUGUGCUCAGAGACUUCCCUCUUUGGUUUUUGGACAAAGAUCAGCUCCUGCUGUGCACGACAUACCCUCAGCCUCCCUGACUGACCCAGUGCUCCAGGCUCUGCUCCAAGGAUCCACGUACUCGAGCCCAAUUCUUGGGCAGAGAACUAAGCCAGCACUCACGGCUCUCUCUCUCCGGGAUCAUUUGGGACUGAAACCCAGGAUUUCCAGCAGAUCACAGCUCCUCAACUCCAUCCAGGAUGCGGUGUCAGGAUCUCCACCAGUUUGGUCAGAAGCUGGUCCGCAGGCGGCUCCUGGAGCCCACCGAGGAUUCUGAGAGUCCCACGGCUCCUCUGAACACCCUGAAUCUGGUGGCCUUCGGUGUGGCCAGCACCCUGGGGGCUGGCAUGUACAUCCUGGUGGGAGAAGUGGCCAUGUUCAUCGCUGGGCCAGCGAUCGUCAUCUCCUUCUUGGUGGCCGCUGUGUCUUCUGUGUUGUCUGGGCUCUGCUAUGCCGAGUUUGGGACACGGGUCUCGUGGACCGGUUCUGCGUAUCUCUACAGCUACAUCAGCGUGGGAGAACUAUGGGCUUUCAUCACUGCCUGGAACCUCAUACUGUCCUAUGUCGUUGUCACAGGCAGCGUGGCCAGGGCCUGGAGCAUCGCCUUUGACAGCCUGAUUGGGAACCACAUCUUUCAGGCCUUAGAGGGAACUUUCUCUCCAUAUAUGCCCUACUAUCUGGCCAAGUAUCCAGACUUUGUCGCCCUGUCCCUGGUGCUGUUGCUCACGGGAGUACUUGUUCUGGGAGCUCGUGAGUCAGUCCUGGUUGGAAAAAUAUCCACAGGCAUCAACUUUUUGGUUCUCAGCUUCAUCAUCCUCUCUGGCUUCAUUAAGGGAGACCUGCACAACUGGAAGCUCACAGAACAGGACUACACAUUGAACACGUCUGAAUCUGGUGACAUCUAUAGCUUGGGCCCUCUGGGUUCUGGAGGGUUUGUGCCCUUCGACUAUGAUGGAAUUCUCCAUGGAGCAGCUCUAUGUUUCUACUCGUUUGUGGGUUUUGAUGACAUUGUCACUAAAGGGGAAGAAGCCCCAAAUCCUCAUCGCUCCAUCCCCAUCAGCAUCAUGAGCACGGUCUUCAUCUGCUUUUUGGCGUAUUUUGGUGUCUCGGCGACUCUCACCCUCAUGGUGCCCUACUACCAGAUUCAGCCUGACAGCCCCUUUCCACAGGCUUUCGUCCAUGUUGGGUGGGGCCCUGCCAGAUAUGUCGUGGCUGUUGGCAUCCUCUGUUUCCUUUUAUACAGGUCAGUGUCAAGGCCUUCUCUCCAUGAACUGUCAGAUGCUAAGGUGUUUCAGCCCUUGGGAUUCAGAGACGAGAGGGGAAGACCCCUUACCAGACUGCAGAGCUCCUUGUUCCCCGUGCCUCAGUUGAUCCAGGAAAUGGCAAAGGAUGGGCUCCUUUUCCGAGGACUUGCCCGAACCCAUCCCCGCACGAAGACCCCCAUCAUGGCCACCGUGUCCUCUGGAAUUCUCGCAGGGAUCAUGGCGUUGCUCUUUGAGUUCAGUAAUCUGGUGGACCUCAUGUCGAUUGGACACCUGCUGGUUUACUCCUUGGUGGCGCUUUUUGUCCUUGUCCUCAGAUACCAGCCAGACUGGAAUUUAAGCAAGAAUGAGAAAACAGAAGACAAAAUUCAGAUGAAGCCUCUAGUCAAGGAAAAUCCUCUGGACUCUGAACCUGAAGCAGGAAGCUCAAAGACUCUCAAGAGUCUGUGGUUGCCUGUCAGCAGCAGCCCCACCGAGAAAUCUGCCCAGAUGGUCUAUGGAUGUGCCUUUCUGCUUGUUCUCCUGCUGAUUAUCCUGAGCCUGAUCCUGGCCCAGUGGCCCAGCCAGGUGUUCUCUGGAGACCCCGUGCUCACAACAGUGGCUGUGCUGCUGCUGCUGCUCAUCACUGGGGUCACAGUCAUCAUCUGGAGGCAGCCCCAGGACCCCUCUCCUCUUCCAUUCAGGGUCCCUGCUCUGCCUGUCCUCCCGCUGGUCAGCAUCUUCGUGAAUGUUUACCUGAUGAUGCAGACGACCUCUGGGACCUGGGCCCUGUUUGGCAUCUGGAAUGCCAUUGGAUUUCUCAUAUACUUUGGAUAUGGGAUCCGACACAGCCUGGCAGGGAACAAUCAUCAACAGCCACCAGCCACCAGCCUCCACCUCCAAGACUCUUGACAAAAACAUCCCUGGUGCUGAGUCAUCUUAACCACAGGAAGUAGAUGUUGCAUGGAAUCCCUCCAUGCCCUGGUGGAUCUGCUGGUGCAAGGGACACUGUGAGCCUCGGUGGAGUGUGAAGGUGGAGGCAUCUAAAGCCCUGUAUUUGUUGCUUGUGGAGAAAGUGACUGGACCAUUGUGCAAUUUUCGGAAACUUUUAAAAGCAUAGUAUAUAUACAUAAGCGCAUGCUUCAUAAGUGUGCAGCAAGAUGAAUUUUCACAAAGUACCACAAUGUAAGCAGCAACUAGAGGAAGAAAUAAAUUAUUAUGGGCACAUUAGAAGCACCUUCUUGUACUUAUUUCUAACAAAAACACAGAGACUGCCCCACUGGAAGGAAACUUAGGUGAGGACGAAUUAUGUGAAGAGUUAUACUCCAGGGACUUCCCUGGCAGUCCAGUGGCUAAGACUCCACGCUCCCAGUGCAGAGGGCAUGGGUUCGACCCUUGGUUGGAGAACAAAACCCUGCAUGCCCAAUGGUGUAGCAAAAAAAAAAAAAAAAUUGAUUUGAGGAUGACUGACUUUCCUCUCCUAGCUUCCCAUUAUUAAAAUGCAGGUGGACCACACGGGCAAGAGAAUCUCUGGUUGCAGGUGGGUCACUCGAGCAAGAUAGUGUCCUGAAGAAAAUAGGAAGUCAGCAGGCUUGCACCAAUGGAGAAAUGACCGUGACUUCCUGCCUUAACGAUUAACUGAGAUUGUUUCCCUUUAAAGAUGGUCACGGCUGAGCAGAACUGUCAUGGAUACAAGUCCACCUUUCCUCAGAUCACUGGCUUUUCUGAAUAAAGCAUCUUUCUUCUCAAUGAAA